AUGUCAUUGAAGGAAGUGAUACCUACACAAUUAGGUGUGUUGAAAAGGUUGAAGAAGAUGGAUCAUAAACCAAGCCAUUCAUCUGAAAGGUCAAAAAGUUUUUCAUUGUCAUUUACGUUCAAGCCUCAGCUUAAUCGAAAGAGGGUUGUCUUUCGGGAAAUUCCAACACCAGUCUCACCAGCAUCAAAGAAAAGGAUUGCAAAAGACAUGGCCAAGAGAACUUCAAAGAAGCAAAAGAAAAUGAGGAAGUUAAUUAUCAGUGAAGAAUCAAUGGAUGAGGAAGUCGUUCUUGAAUCUCCACUUGGAGAUGAUAAUAUGGCUAUUCCAUCACCGACGAGGAAUUCUCCAAUCAAGUUGAAUUUCGAGGAGAUUGGAAAUUCUUGUGGCUCUGUGAAAGCAUCUAAUGUGGACGCAACCACUAAUCAAGGUGAUCCUUCGAAGAUAUCUAAUCCUGAGAAGACAACAGUCAUACUACCCGAAGUCUUAUUAAAGCAUUUUCAGAUCCCGAUCUUGGUUUCCUCUUCAGUAAUUACUCUAGAGCUUCUUUCUGAGAAGUUUAAAUUGUUGUAG